AUGAAGUCCAUCAAGGUCUUCACCUGUGCCCUCUUGGCGACUCUUGCCAGCGCUGCCCCCACCACUCCUGACGAGACAACGGAAGCUGUGGCCCCCAAGUCGGUCUCAGUCUCGUAUGAUCCCAAGUACGACGAUGGAUCUAUGUCGCUCAACACCGUCGCCUGCUCGAAUGGAGUGAAUGGCCUUGAGAGCCUGGGCUAUUCCAACUUCAAGUCGCUGCCCACAUUCCCGCUGAUUGGAGGGGCGCCCACUAUCAAAGCCUGGAACAGCCCUAACUGCGGCAAAUGUUACCAGCUGCACUAUACGUCCGGCAAGAUCAGCCGUUCUAUUCAUGUCUUGGCCAUUGAUGCGGCACCGGGCGGUUUCAACAUCGGCGUUACUGCCAUGAACCGGCUUACUGAUGGUAUGGCUGAGCAGCUGGGACGCGUCGAGGCGACUUAUGUGCCUGUGGCGGAUAGUGUAUGCGGAAUGUAG